UCUCAUUAUUAUGACUAUUCCCAGUUAAUUCGCCGUAAUCAGCUCUCUCCAAUUGUGAGUGAAAAUUUUGAGAAACCGGUUACUGAUGAGAAAAUAGUUAUGAAAUUCCCCUUUACAUUAUACGGUUCUAAUAUCAGCACAUUCAGUGUAGAUAAUAGUGGUGUAAUUUUUUUUUAUGGAGAAGGGGCUUACGGAUUAGUUCAAAACUCUGUCUCAUCGAAAUUUCACUGUGAAACUGAGAUUUCGGAUCGGGGUGAUACAAUCAAGAUAAUGAACGUGAUACACUCGAAUGGGAAGAUAUAUUUCUAUUAUGAGAACAUUAUAAAAAAUGAUGAGGAUGAUCGUGACUUUAAAGAAAAUGGUUGUCGGAAUAAAAGUUCGAUUGUCGAGGUUUCCAGUGAACCAACAACUGUAGCAACAACUGAAACUGAUCUAAGAAAUGAAUUGAAGGAGACCAGUGGAAGCAAUGAAUCACAUUUGAACAUGACCACAGAUACAACAACAGACAUAGAGAAAAGAAAAUCACCGCAAUAC